AACUCUAUCCAAGCAUAUUUCUCUCCCUCUCUCCUCUGUACCUGCCAAUAGCCAGGAGAGUGACAGAAGAGGGGAAGGAUGAGUGGAAGGACGAAGGAGGAGGGCUAAUGGCAGACAGCGGACAACACGGCCAAAGGUGCAAGUGGAUGAUGGGUGGCACAAGCGGAGAGAUGCGAGCGGCUGGGAUGGCGAUGCGAGUGUGGGUAGCGGGGACGACAGGAGUUGUGGGCAGAGAAGCUUCGGAUAGCGCAGGCAGUGGCAUGGCACGAGCGGCGGGGUGCUCCAGCGAUCUCUCUACCAGAUCCAGCGCUUCUCUGUCUUCACUCUGGCAAAUUUCCACCACCAAAUCCGGUAUGCAGCUCCUCUCUACUGUUACUCCCCUCAUGGUAUGCAGUCCGGAUGGUGGCGUGAGUUUGAUUGGGAGCUCGACACUUGGGGUAUGGCGUGAGGUUUCUGCUCGGAUAACACCCAAGCUAUUUUUGGUUGCCCGGAUGGAGUAUCUGUUGGAGACUGACUUUCAUUUCCAAUAUGCCAUUUUCAGGAUGAUGGGAUGGAGUAUUUGGUGAGGAUGCUCUUAUGGUCUCAAAACCAUUCCGUCCCUCAACUGUAGAACUGUUUGAUUGUAGUAGGAUGAUGAGCAUACAGAAUCCAGGACGUAAUCAAUUACGGGAUCAAUAAUGCUGUUGCUGUGCUCCACCUCAAAGGAAGGACAACAGGAUAAGGAUCAUUGGAGGAAGGAUAUCCGGUGUGCCUUCCUGUGUGUGUUGCGUGUAUCUGAAGUAUUUAAUGGAGAGGAGGAGGGGUGGCGUGUGCAACAGCGCAAGGUAACAAAAAUUAGUGGGGAUUGUUUAUAGUACUGCCGAUGCAGUAGCAAAUAUUAACAUAUGAGUUUGGACCUAUAUGUCAACCAUUUUUACUGUAUUAGCAGUACUGCAAAAUAAUCUUUUGCAUCCGCUAAGAAGCUCACCUCCUCGCUCAGAGCCUCGCACCGUACUGUGCUGUUUCAUCGGGUUUUCAGACUCCGGCCAGAAUCGUCCCCAUCCGCUCCUUAGGAAAAAUCAUGAUUUGUAAACGUGAAAACGAUCAAACAACUACUGUUCUCGUCUCAGUAUAUUUGAAGUUUCGGACUUAGAUAUGGGUAUUAAGAAAAUAUUAAAACUUAAAUAGGAGAAAUUUGUAUUUUUGAGAAGGGUAGUUAGGUGGAAAAAUAAGUUUCGGAGUAUAAUAAGUCUCGGUGCCAAUCCAGCACAACUCGGUGCAAAAUGGAACAUUGGACUGGAGUCAAGGCUCUUGUUUUCUAUGGGAUCAGCCCAAAUACCUCAUGCACAACCUUGUUACUGCUAGGCUUCGAUCUGCACAGCAGCCCACAAGAUACGUACACUACUUGGUGAAAGCAAAAGUUUGUGCCACCAUCCCAUGGGCAUCUCAAUUCGAAUAGAAGUCCAUAUUAUCCUUAAACAAUUUUUGUCCCUCAACUGUUGAACUGUUUGAUUUUCAUCCCUCAACAUUUGGAACUGUUCGUUUCAUCCAUCGCCUUAAUUUCGGUGGAUCUAGUUUGUGCCUUCUCGAAAAUCAAAACAAGAAAAGAAAAUGAUUACACAUAUUUUGAUGAAAACCUGUCGCUAGACAAAGAAAAGGAAAGCAAGGAAAGCAAGCUGGUGUGGUCAUUUGGCUGUAGGGGGGACCUGUCAAAGUAACAAAUGCUCUCUCUAUCCAAAAUAUAGGAACUUGAGUUUUUCAUGGUGAUUAAAGACAAGGUAAAAUUAAAUGAUUAGGUGACUCACGGUUAAGAUAAGAAAGUAGGUAAGAAAAUUAAAUAAGAGAUAUUUUUAUUAGUUGAGAAAAAUAUGUGAAGAAAUUAAAUUAUGGAUGGUUGUAGUUAAGUAAUUUAGAUGCAGGUUAUCUGCAGUACUGCAGGAGAUCUCAAUUGCUAAAAUAUGGUUGUAGUAUACUAAUGAUGCCAGAAGCAACUAUAUUUUGGAGUUUUGGAACGUAUGGAAUAGUAGAAAAUUGAUUGGGGGAGGGGGCACUUUUUUUUUUUUGCUGGUAUGGAUUGUUAAGACUCAACGAUGUUACCGUGUAAAUAACAUAACUUCAUAAACCGAGAACUGUUGUCACACAUUGAUAUUGGCUUCUUCCGAAUGCAAGAAUCGCAUAAUGUACAGCUUAAUUUCCAUAAAAUUUCCAUGAAUUCGUCCAAUCCAGAAGAGGCUAACAUUUGCUCAGGGUUUCAUGCAGAAUUACUGAUACAUCUAACCAUCACACGAGGUUAACUGCAACUACUUCAUUCAAAUGAUCCAGUUUAAGGCUGCAACUAAUAACUACUGUACACAAACUUACAACAAAGGCAGGCAGCCUUAAUCCUGGUAAAAAGUAUAUGAUGCAACCAGAGUUUCCCCCUAAAAAAAUGUUUUUGAGCAAAGAGUAACCUGGAGGCAAGAAAUAAAAUGACAACAAAUUGUAACCAUGUAUAAAUAAGAGAUAAUAUAGCCCCAGUUUCCAGUAUCCUCACUAUAGUGUCAGUAGGUACCUGGAAACACUGGCCAUCUCCAUGACAUUUUAAAUAUCUUUCCAGAAACCUAACAAACAUCACCACUUCAUUAUCCCCAACACACUUUUGAUCCUAAUUAAAACAUGAUAAGACCAGACUACUACGCACUUGACGCUAGGAACCUUCCACACUAGUAAAAAGACAGACAGGAAGGCCUCAAAGUACCAGAGCCUGUACAACCACUGCUGCUAAACCCACUAGUCUUGGAUGUCUUCUUCACUGGGAGCAUAUGAAUGUUAUGUUAAAAGCUAAAAUUCGCCCCAACGAGACGGCUAG